AGGAAGCAAGACGGAUUCACUGGGUUGCUGUGAGUUUUCCGGGGUGUCUGGCCAUGUUCCAGAAGCAUUCUCCCCAGACAUUUCACCCACAUCUAUGGCAGGCAUCCUCAGAGGUUGUGAGGUCUGUUGGAACCUAGGCAAGUGUGGUUUAUAUAUCUUUGGAAGGUCCAGGAUGGGAGAAAGAACUCUUGCUUGCUUGAGGCAAGUGUGAACGUUGCAGUUGGAUUACCUUGAUUAGCAUUUUAUAGCCUUGUAACUUCAAAACAUGGCUGCUUCAGAUGGGUUCAAAUUAUAGGGAUGAACAUUAGGAAGAACUACCUGAUGACCAGAGCUGUUCAACUGUGGAACUGACUGCCUCAUAGAAUCAGUUGGAAGAGACCUUGUGGACCAUCCAGUCCACCCCCCACCGCCAAGAAGCAGGAAAUGCAGUCAAAGCACCCCACCCCCAACAGAUGACCAUCCAUCCUCUGCUUAAAAGCUUCCAAGAAAGAGGCCUCCACCACACUCCACUGCAGAGAGUUCCACUGCCGAACAGCUCUCACAGUAUUCUAUUGAUCUGGGCACUGACUGAAGAAAUAGUGUUUGCUGUUCAGGUAUUGUCUCCCAGCUUGGCAUCAUCUAGGGGCCUCCUGACAGACAUUAUCAAUAUCUCAGCUAUGGGGACACCACCUGCACAUAAAGACCGUCACACAUCAAAAGCUUUACCCACAGCAACUCUUGUGAACUUCCAUUCCACUAGCUCAGUAGAGACCUCUGCUUCUCCUGUUGUCCCCAAGGUAUCCACCAGCAGCCAUCCUAUUGACAAUAAAGAACCAUACCACUUAUAUAACCAGAGUGUUUUGUUUUCUGGAAAGAUUUACCCUGAAAGGAAAACAUUUCAGACUGUCAAUGACAAUUCUACAGAAUUUACAGAGCCUCGUGUAAAAACAGAACUGCAUUCUUCUACUACCAUGAGGAACUGGCCUCCAAAUCAUCCAUUUCUGCCUCAGUCUACAGCUCACAGCAGUCGUAAUAGCACGGUGUUGGUAAAAACCACAGACUCGGUUGCUUCUUUUCACAGUGAUAUAUUGGAAGGCCUUAACAAAACAGAGAAGGGGAGUUUGUCCAAACUGGUUACACAGGAAACAGAUCACACUGUCCUAGUGACUGCCCCGUCAGCAUCUCCUGAAAUGGCGACAGUGCCUUUCAAAAUCCCACGGAAUGGCAUUUGGGAUAUUCUGAGCAAAAAUAACUCUUGGGUCAUCUCGAACCCGAGUACAAACCAGGUACCUUUAUUGUCUAGUCCUGGGAGUACUGCAGCAGCAGCAACAACAUCAACAACACUUGGUCAUUCUGGUCAAACUGGCAUCGAUGCCAAUGUUUCUUCAUUUUAUACAACAGGAAGCUCUAGUCAUAGAAUGCCUAUCACACUGCAUCCCUCUAAGCAUAGCACCAGCUUCCCAGGCAAUACACUCUCCACAGAAUCCUCCACAUGGCUACCAAGUUCUCCUUCCACGGCAACAGAAAACUUCCUAAACAGACUAGUGCCGGCUGGAACCCGGAAGCCUGGUAUGCCUGGAAACAUUUCUCAUGUUACGGAAGGGGACAAGCCCCAACACAGGACAACCAUUUGUCUCAGCAAAGUGGAUAUAGCAUGGAUCAUCGUGGCCAUCAGCGUACCUAUAUCCUCAUGCUCGGUCCUAUUAACUGUCUGCUGCAUGCGGAGAAAGAAGAAGACAUCUAAUCCGGAGAACAACCUGAGCUAUUGGAACAAUGCUAUCACCAUGGACUACUUCAAUAGGCAUGCUGUGGAAUUACCAAGAGAGAUACAAUCCCUGGGAACAUCGGAGGACCACCUGUCUGAGCCACGCUCCCCAGCCAAUGGCGAUUACAGGGACACUGGCAUGGUCCUUGUUAACCCCUUCUGCCAAGAAACAUUGUUUGUAGGACGUGAGCAAGUCUCUGAAAUAUGACCCUGCCCCUGCUCUAGUACUUGCAGUUGCAUCUUUGUGGUCUCCAAAUUAUAAAUAUAUAAAUAUAUAUAUUAUAAAUAUAAUCUUUGUGUAACCCUGAAUUAUGAGAAACAUUUUCAGCUCCCCUCCCCCAAGAAUUAUCAACCUCUUUUUUACAAGUGUGAUUAAAACCUUUACAGACCAAACUUCAGCUUUAUAAAAUAAAAGCAAUUUCUAAGCAAAAACAAAAAAA